CCGGAGACCAUGUCUGCAGAACUCUUAUCUACAGGAGAGGAAGGAAACCCUGGCUCAGGACCUAGCUUUAGGUCCAAGCAGAGGAAGAUACUAAACCGACUCCUGGAGAGAGACACUUCCUUUACCACCUGUACCUAUCUCCCUAGAACUCCAGUGAGCAAAGUCUCUGAUGAUUCUGCAAACCUCAGCAUUUUAUCUGGAGGAACCCCAAAAUGUCGCCUUGAUCUUUCUAAUCUUAGUGAUAGGGAGAUGCCUGCCACCCAGUUUAGUGCUUCUAUAGACUUUGACGAAACUGGUUACCUGGAUUCUUCAGGACCUCAGAUACAGAUAGCAGCGAUGCAUCAUCCCUGGAACCAUAAAAAAUGCAACCAAGUGCAGCUGCUUUGUAGUACCCCUAAUGCUUUGGACCAAGGUUGCAGGAAGAAAGAUACAGUCAGCUGCUCAUUCACAAAGAAAAAGGAAAAUGACAUUUUGAAACAAUUGGACUGGCGGGCAUCUAGAAAUCAAAAGUUUGAGAAGAGAUCAGGGGGCCCUUAUAUGUCUCCCCUGUCUCUAAUGAACAAUGAAAUCUUGGUGGAGAGUGAAAUGAAAUAUCUGGAGAGUCCCAUAGCAGUUUCAGAAUCGAAUAAAAAUCCAAUACUCAGAGAAGACCUGGCAGAGGAGAUUUCAGGUGAAUUGAUGGAGUUUUCCCUUGAAGAUCAAGAUGAGACCAAGGCAUCUUUGACCAGAAGCUCUCUGUAUCGCUCCCCUUCAUUGCCGGAGAAUUUGAACAGGCCCAGACAGAAGCAGGUGAUAAAAUUCAGGAACAGCCCAACACUAGAUCAAGAGAGAAAGAAGAACUGCUCUAACCACAAAGAAUUGAGAGCGGGUGCAAGUUUAAAGAAGACUACCUCUCUCUGUGAUAUUAAUAUUAUUCAAAUGCUGGAGGAAGAUUCUAACCAAGGGCAUCUUAUUGGUGAUUUCUCCAAGGUAUGUGUGCUACCAACUGUAUCAGGGAGACACCAAGAACUGAAGUACAUCAACCCAGAAACAGUGGCUGCUUUAUUGUCAGGGAAGUUUCAACAUCUGAUUGAGAAGUUUUACAUUAUCGACUGCCGCUUUCCAUAUGAGUACCUGGGAGGACAUAUCCAGGGAUCCUUAAACUUGUAUAGCCAGGAAGAAUUAUACAACUUCUUUUUCAAGAAGCCCAUUGUUCCUGUAGACACCCAGAAAAGAAUCAUCAUCGUGUUCCACUGUGAAUUCUCUUCUGAGAGGGGUCCUCGGAUGUGCCGCUCUCUGAGAGAGGAGGAUAGGGCUCUGAAUUGUUAUCCUGCCUUGUACUACCCAGAGCUAUACAUCCUUAGGGGAGGCUACCGAGACUUCUUUCCAGAGUAUCCGCCUCUCUUACACAGUCUCCUACUUUCCAGGAACUGUUGUGAAACCCCAAGCUACUGCCCGAUGCAUCACCAGGACCAUAAGGCCGAGCUGCUGCGGUGUCGAAGCCAAAGCCGAGCUGGGAAGGGAAGCGGGCAGCUGCAGGAGCACAUAGCCUUACUUGUGAAGGAUGGAAACUCAUGAAGAUCGGCCACUGGGGCACCUGACUGUCCCCACAGACAACUGGCAAUUCGUUGCAGAAGCAGGCUACUUCUUCCUGUUUGACUAACUCCUACAUUGUUAGACAAUACCUAUGAACCAAUGAGGCCUGGCCAUAGGCUGCAUUUCACUGAGCUGUUGGCUGGAGCCCCUGUGGGACACGUGUAGCCUGUUGUGCAGAGAGGUCCCAGAGCUGCUGGAAGUGAUUGCAUUUCUCUCCUCAACUACUCAACUACUCCCACAGGGCUUCAGACUUUUCCAGAGAGCUCCUGUCUUCUUUCUCUGUAUUUUCCUAUUUUGUUCCUGCCUCACCUCUUUUUCUGGAAGUGAAAAAAUAAACACUGCAGAAUGAGU